AUGUGUGACUUCCUCAGUGCUGCGUUCAGCACAACCAAAUCAACUGUGCAGAAUAAAAAGAGAAGUAGCUUUGAGCUUGGCUAUGGGGAUGGUGAUGACUCUGGCACAAAGAAAGCUAGAUGUACAGAAAGUGGUAGAAGAGUAACUGACCCUACAUCAUGUGACCAGGGACCUCACACCAGGGGUCAGCACCGUCCAGGACCAGAGGCUGUUCCCAGUGACCAGAGAAUUCAAACUGACCAGCUGCAAGCCAUGAACACAACCACAAAGAAGAAGUUCACAUUUAAAUCUCCCAGAGGGAUUCGACCGAGUUUUAGUUCUAACUCUGCGACUGUUCCCUCCAACUCUGGACUGAGUGAAAGAAUGCCAUUGCCUUCCAUAGUUACAGACUUUGAUGAAAGCACUGACCACAAUGGAUCAGCAAAGUUAACAGGGUCUGGAACCCAUGGAGAAUAUACAAAAGAUGGAAACACUAGUAAGGCCCAUGGCUAUGCUUUAGACAGCUUGACAGCAGAGGAGAUAGCAGUGUCAUGUGACCUGGACCAGUGGUCAGAUGAUGACUGGUCAUGUGACAGGAACUUGAAGAAGAGUGGUAUUCUGGGUAAUGAAGGUGACCCAAGCAGCAGCUGCAGUGGACAGAAGUCGGUGCUGCCUUCUAUAGAAAAGAAAGUUUCUGAAAACGUUAGAAAAGCUGGUGAAUUGGGAAACAGGCAGUCUGAUAAUUCUCUGUCUGGUAUUAAAUCUGAUGGCAGUAAGGACUGUAAAUUUUUAGCAUCAUCUGAAACUAACAGAUAUUCUUUAGGAAAGAACGCAGUGGUAAAUUCCAUUCAUGAAUCAGUGUCUGCGAAUAAAGAAAGUUUGGAUUCAUCAUCAUUUAAUGGCGUAUCACCACAGACAGUGCCGCACUGUUCUGGCAGGUUAAGACCUCAGACAGUAACACCAUCUACCAGUAAGUCAUGCUCAGAUACUAAACCACUGUUCAAAAAUGCACUGGGUUCACAAACAUUAGAGACACCCACAUGUAAUAAUAAAUCAUCAACAAUUCAGUCAUCUAGUAAUGGUUUGAGAUCACAGACAGUUGCUCCCUCUAGCAGCAUGCUUAGACUGCAGACAAUGGAGACAUCUGGUGACCCGUCCACUCCACAGAGAGUAAUGCCAUCUAUCAAAAAGUUGGGAUCAGAGGGCCAUACGCCAUGGGGUGAAGUGCAAGCAUCUUCAAAAAAGAAGAGAAAGUUUCCAGGCCCAGCUGGGCUUCUGCCAAAGUUGAGUAAGGAAGCAGGUCUGUCUGAUACCAGGCUUCCAAGUCCAUGUGUGCCCACUGUGGUUGCUAAGGAAAACAAAACGCCCCUAUUUCCCUGCAGCCAGAGUUCACAGGAAGUGUUUGGUGGAGCCACCUGGAGGGCUAUGCUGCUUGAAGUGGGCAAGGCUGACUACGCCGCCAUUGCUGCAAAAUAUAGUCUUGCAAAUAUUGUCAGGAAAGCCAGCCAGAAGCUGUUACCAGAUGGUAAGGUUCCGGUCGUGUGUGCUGUCAUAGAGUCUAUACAAGCAAGAGAGGCAGAGGCUAGUCUACAGCUUAGGGACCCAUCUGGCACCAUCCAGGGCACAGUGCACAGACAGCUGGUGAAGGAAUACGGCACUCAGCUCCAGCUGGGCUCUGUGCUGGUAUUGCGUCAGGUGGGAGUGUUCAGCCCCUCAGCCAGGAACCACUACUUAAACAUCACCCCCAAUAACCUGGUGAAGAUCUACAGUGGCAGCAGCGGUGGGACAGGGGAAGGAACAGACAUUGGUGGUGGCAGCGGUGGGACAGGGGAAGGAACAGACACCGGUGGUGGUGGUGGUGAAAGUGGUGAUAGGAUCCAACGUAUUACUGUAGCCUGUGACCAGAGUCUGAAGGACAUUGUGCAGUCAGGAUUAAGUAUCCCUAGUGUGAGUAAGGUGGUACAUGGAGUAGCACCAAGAGGUGAGGGUCAGGUAUCUACUCAGAGUAACUCUGGUCAAGGGGCACCUGUUACUAGAAUUGGACUUGGUCAACAGAGGCAGACUAAUGACUGGUCAAAUAGUAAUGGUCAGCUGUCCAGAACACAUCAGAUAACCACUGGUCAAGGUUCGCCGACCUUAAAUAGGCAGUCACCAUCUUCAAACAUGCAAAGCGGACUAAGGCAGAGCAAUAACUGGAGGACUAGAGUGUCUUUGACUCCAGGAACAACUAGCAAUAUCCAAUCUCCUACCACAAACUUAUCAUCACUCCAGGCGCCAUCCAUUGCUGCAGCACAUGUUGUUGGACAAAAACAAAAUCCUGCACCGUCAAAUGUGCAGGGCAGCCAGUUUAAAACUGUCAGAACUUUUCAAUCAGUUGAUCCCAAUUUGACCUCUGCUACAAAUAAAUCAGAGACGAUGCCAGUGAAUAGAUCCUUGCCUGGUUUUGGUGCCAAAAUGAAUCAGGUUCGCAGUGCGCUGAACUCUCCCCCUGGACCAAGACAGCCCUUGCAGGGGACCACACUGAAGACAUCUAGUGGUGGGAAAUUUACCUUUAAAAAGACCGCAGGAGGCACAGGGAGUCCUGGGGGAACUAACUUGUCACCUGGGUCGCUUCAGGGCCAAUCUGUGUUUAGUGACAAUCAGAACUUGUCACCUUCAUUGGUUCAGGGCCAAAAGACUGUGUGCAAUAAAGGGGAUUCGUUUUCUAACAAGAUGGCUGCCAGCAAGGUUGUGGGAGUGCCUUGGGGUAAACCAGUUGGACAGAAGACUGCGGAAGAUUUAUGGAUGGAGGAUGACAACUUGGAUGAAUUGUUGUGUGGGCUAGGUGAUGACAACUUCUGAUUCUCCAGAUGGACAUAUCCUGUGUCAUCGUGUUGAUGCCAUUCCUGUUAAACAGAGAUUAAUUGUUGUCAAACGCUACUUCAUAUCCUGAAAUAACCUGUAUUGAAAAUGUUGACAGAAUGAGAGAAGAGCAUGCAGUAUCGACGCCUUCAUUUCAGUUUCUAGAAACUGUAUCAAAAAUUGAGGAAGUACAAUAGGAUGGUUCUAUCUUUUUACACGGUGGUAGGAUAAUUGAAGAGCAUUCUUUGUGCCUGCGUCAGUAGUUAUGAAGUGCCAUACAUCUUUGACCUGAGGGGAUGACCUUUUGAAGGUGUGCCUAUAAUUAAAUGGUGUUUUUUUAGUGCGAAUGCCAUCGGAACUUCUCACUUAUUCCUAUAAACGUCUGUUAAAUGGUCAGCAGCAGGCAAGAUAUUGAAAAAGGUGAAGGAGUGUUAAUAAAUUCCUCCCGUGUUUGAAAAUAAAUGGUGCAAUUUGACACCUGUUCCUGAGGGUGUUAGCGUGAUUCUUUUCUUCUCUUGGAAUCUGUCUAGGCUAUUAGAAAUCUUGGAGAAUUGAAAAUAUUUUGAAAUUAAGUAGUUAGGCUCAUGUGACCAAAAAGAUAAGACUGCAAAGUUGAUCGUUUGCAUGAUGGACAUUUUGAACGGGAACUUUCUUUAAACGUACUUUAGUCAGUAUGCUCGUGUGGAUGCCAUGUAAAACCUCAGCAACGUAGAAAACCCAUCUUGUCAUUACUCUACACCAGAGUGCAUCUGGCUUCUGAAUUUCUGUGCAAAAUUUCUCACAGUACAGGCACCUGCAAAAUCUGCCAGAGACAUAAUAUGUGAAAAUAUUCCUGAUGCCCUGAUGGAGGGUAUUUUGUAAACUGAGACUAGUGUACCAGUUAGGGAGAUAGCUCUCGUGUUCAAGGCCUGUAAGGUGAGGCUCACACCUUAAUUUCAAACAGGUGCUUUAGUCGGGUGCUGGAUCAGUGGUUGAAAGAUUACUGAAAAUGAAAACGAUUGGUUUUCAAAAACGUACAUACAGUACAGAUCUAGAUAUAAUAUGUAACAUAGAAUGUGCAAAAAAUAGCAUGUUGACGCUAUCAAAUUUAUGGUGCUUAGAA